AUGAGGACUAGCUCAACUCAUGGCCUCGCCGUGUUCGGCCUGGCGACUCUCGCUGCGGCGAUGCCGGAAGGCGCUGCCACGGCCGGAAACUGCCCGACGCCCCGAAUGUCGGUUCAAGGCGCUGAUACGAUCUUGCUGAGAGAGUAUGCCUUGGGUUUAGCGAAUGGGGAGCCGAAAAUCACGUAUGAGCAUGGGGUUGCGUGGAUGGCGCUCGAGAUGGUGCACAAUGCCACUUCGGAAGCGAAGUAUCUGGAUCACAUCAAGAAGGCACUCGACAAUCUUGUGACCACGAGCGGAGAGUUGAAUGAUUAUAAUUUGACUGCCUAUACGCUGGACGACAUAAGGAUUGGGGAGACGCUCAUCUAUCUAAACAAGGAGACCGGCGAAGACAAGUACAAAGCCGCCGCAGACCUCCUGUUCUCCCAGCUGGAGACCAACCCGCGCAACUCCGAGGGCGGCUUCUGGCACCGCCUCAUUUACCCGAACCAGAUGUGGUUGGAUGGCCUGUACAUGGUUUCGCCCUUUUACGCGCACCAUACCGCAUAUUACACGCCCACAAAUACCGCCGCCUUUGACGACAUCGUCAACCAGUUUGUCCUCACGAAUACCAACUGCGUGAACUCCAACUCCGGGCAGAGCGGCCUGCUCAAGCACGGAUACGACGAGAGCCGCGAAGCGGUCUGGGCGGAUAAAGCGACGGGUGCGAGUCCUGAGACUUGGAGCCGCGCCCUGGGCUGGUACGUUAUGGCGCUGGUGGACGUGCUGGACUACCUGCCUGCGUCGCAUCCAGGGGCCGCAACACUGAAGGAGAUCCUGGAGACGAGUGCGGCGGCCAUCAAGAAAGCCGUUGAUACCGAUAGCAAGAUGUGGUGGCUGGUUAUGAGCCAGCCGGGGAAGGAGGGGAACUAUAUUGAGAGUAGCGGGAGUGCGAUGUUUGUGUAUGCGAUGUUGAAGGGGAUCCGCAUGGGGUAUUUGGAUGAAAGUGAAUACAAGGAGACGGCGACGGUGGCGUACGAGGCGAUGGUUGAGAAAUUUGUGAGCAAGAAUGCGGAUGGGGGGUUGGAUUGGGAGGGGACUGUGUCGGUGGGGAGUUUGAAAGGAAAUGGAGACUACGCUUACUAUGUGUCUGUUGAGCUUGCUACCAAUGAUUUGAAGGGCUUUGGACCCUUCAUCAUGGCGAGCAUGGAAUAUGAGAAGGCUAUGUGCGCCUAG